UUUUCGCUGCCCGCAUGAGGCAGCUGCCCGGACCUGACGAAGGCCGGGCCGGCGCGCGGGAGCCCGCCCGGGUGCGACCCCAGGCAGGAAGCCCGCACGGGCCCGCGGAGCUCCGGCGCGCGGACGCACCUCCCCCUCGGGGCAAGUGGGCUGGUCUCCAGGCGCUGCUGCGGGUGGCUGCGGCCACCGCCUUCCCUCUGCUCAGCCUGGCCCUGUUUGUGAUCGACCCGCCUCUCGGAGCCAUAAUGGACACAGCUAGCCAUAGCCUUGUCCUUCUGCAGCAGUUGAACAUGCAACGAGAAUUUGGUUUUCUGUGUGAUUGCACGGUUGCUAUUGGAGAUGUUUACUUUAAAGCCCACAGAGCAGUGCUUGCUGCUUUUUCUAACUAUUUCAAGAUGAUAUUUAUUCAUCAAACAAGCGAAUGCAUAAAAAUACAACCAACUGACAUCCAACCUGACAUAUUCAGCUAUUUGUUGCAUAUUAUGUACACGGGGAAAGGACCAAAACAGAUUGUGGAUCAUAGUCGUUUGGAAGAAGGGAUUCGAUUUCUUCACGCGGACUACCUUUCUCAUAUUGCAACUGAAAUGAAUCAGGUGUUCUCACCAGAGACCGUGCAGUCCUCAAAUCUGUAUGGCAUUCAGAUCUCAACAACCCAAAAAACAGCUGUCAAACAAGGGCUCGAAGUCAAAGACCCUCCUGCAACUAACACUGGAAACAGAGCUGCUGUCCAGGGCGAACACCCACAGCUGCAGCUUUCUCUGGCAAUUGGGCUGGAUGAUGGCACUGCAGAGCAGCAGAGGGCCCACGCUGCCACCCAGGCAUUGGAGGAACAUAAGAAGUCCCCAGUGUCCAUCAAGCAGGAGAGAUCUGAGCCAGAAUCAGUGAUCUCCCAGAGCCAUACUUCACCUUCGUCAGAGGUGACAGGUGCCACUGAAAGUAGCAUCAAAAUACACCUCUGCCAUUACUGUGGAGAGCGUUUUGAUUCCCGUAGUAACCUAAGGCAACAUCUUCAUACCCAUGUGUCUGGAUCCCUCCCAUUUGGAGUCCCUGCCUCCAUUCUGGAAAGUAAUGACCUUGGUGAAGUGCACCCUCUUACUGAAAAUAACGAGGCCCCGGAGUGCCACAGGCUCAGUUCCUUCAUUGUCAAGGAGAAUGAACAGCAACCUGACCACCCAAACCGGGGUAUCACAGAGCCUUUGCAGAUCAGUCAAGUGUCUUUGAUCUCCAAAGAUACUGAGCCAGUAGAAUUAAACUGUAAUUUUUCUUUUUCAAGGAAAAGAAAAAUCAGCUGUACCAUCUGUGGUCAUAAAUUUCUCCGAAAGAGCCAAUUGCUGGAACACAUGUAUACACACAAAGGCUCCUCAGUGGUACUCAGGAUCUACUCCAGCCUGAUGCUGGGAAUCACUCCCAGUGGUGCUGUGGAACCAUGCAGUACUGGGGGUCAAAUCUGGGCCUCCAUCAUGUGCAGCAUGUAUGCUAAUCCUUUGAGCUAUGUCUCAAACCCUGUGUAUAAUUCUAAGGAUGUAUAUAUUUGAUCUGUUUAUUGUAAGUGAUAUUAAUACAUGACUGUUAAAAUGUAGCUUUCAAUUAGGGCCGUGAACUUUUCGCAAAUAGAAAUCUGAAAUUAAGUAGACACCUGGAACUUUAUAUUAAAUAUUUAUAAAAUGUUUAAAUUUUUCCAGGUUUUACAAUCAGUAAAACUUAAAUAGGAAGCAAAUUUUAGAAAUUGGGUGGGAGAGCAGGGGUCGCACCAUACUUGGCAGUACUCAGGGCCUGUUCCAGGCUAUGUUCUGAGGGAUUACUCCUGGCAGUGCCUGGGGAAUUAUGCAGUGCUAGGGAUCAAACCCUGAGCUCUCACAUGCAAAGCAUGCACUCAGUCCAUUGAGCUAUCUCUACAGCUCUGGAAAUGAAAUCUUUUCUUUUUCUUUUUUUUCAAAGAAAUAUUCUAAACUAUCACUUUUGGCUCUUGUUUCACAUGAAUUAAAUCUCUUCGAGUAUUAUUUUUAAAAAGCUUCCAUUAUAGUUAUUUUAAUGCAUGACUAUGUUAUAGUCCAUAAAAAAGUUUGUUUUCAAACCUAGCCAUACCAAAUCAUGAAUAGUCUUAAAAUUACUUUUUUUGAUUUUGUUUUGUUUGGGGGCCACACCCAGGGAUGCUUAGGGGUUACUCCUGGCUCUGCACUCAGGAAUUACUCUUGACUUUUCAUGGGGGACCAUAUGGGUUGCAGGGGAUCGAACCCUGGUCAGCCAUGUGCAAGGCAAGAGCCUUAAUCGCUAUACUAUCUCUCCAGCCCUUGCAAUUUUACUUACUAAUUCUAUAAUACCUUUCUUGGCUUUUACCAUUUUUUAACAUUGAGUAUACUGCAUUUUUAGUAAAAUAUAUUUUGGUUAAAAGAGAGAAAGGGAUAGGCUCAAGAGAUAGACCAGGGUUAAGAAUCAUGCCUUGUAACUCAGACAUGAAAGCUUGUAACAAUAUCUCACGGUGAAUCAAUAAAAAAAAAAAAAAUCAUGACUUGGAUGUGAUUGACCCUUGUUUAAUACCCAGACCACAUUCCCCUUCAUGGGUACAGCUCUGGAUGUCUCCAAAUAGUGCUGGUGUGGUUCUAAAGGCCUUGAUUGAGCACCCUCAGGGCAACCCAGGUAGUGCUCAGCACCACACAACCGUGUCAUCCAGCACUUGCAUUGAACUGCUGGCUUGGUUGACUGAGAAUCACCAGUGGUACCCCUGGGCCUCCUGUGCACUAUUUUGCAUUCCUGCACCCCACACACACACCACACACACCCCUCCAAAAGAAAGAAGAGUAAAGCUGGGAGCUGCCAGGACCACUUAUGGCAAUGCUUGGGAAACUACGUUGUGCCUGAAAGCACUCCUGGGCCCCUCCCUGCCAGCAUGCAUUCCAGCUGUUGAGUCAUCUUCCUUAGACUCAGAAAAAUCUUGAAGAGAACCAAUAAGAUACAUACACGAAAAUAAGCAUAUCAGAACAGAGUCAAGUGUUCUUAAAAACCUAUGAGAAAUUUGAGAUUUUUAUGACUAGAUUUACAUGAGUUUUUACUUUUUUUUUUUUUUUUUUGCUUUUUGGGUCACACCUGGUGAUGCACAGUGGUUACUCCUGGCUUUGCACUUAGGAAUUACUCCUGGUGGUGCUCAGGGGACCAUAUGGGAUGCUGGGAAUUGAAUCCGGGUCGGCCGAGUGCAAGGCAAAUGCCCGACUCGCUGUGCUAUCACUCCAGCCCCGAGAUUUAUGUGAGUUUUAAGAAGGAAAUGUUAAACAAAAAUUAUUUUUCUGCCCUCAGUGUCAGAAUUUUCUGGCCUCUUCAGGUGAUGUUAUUUGCUUUGUUUUUUGGGGGGUAACUAACACCUGGUCAUACUCAGGGGAUGCUGGGGAUCAAACCCACAUCAGCUGUGUGCCAGCCCCAAGUUGGUAUUCAUUUUCUAGUAAUUAGUUGGAAAAGUAAUUUUCUAGAACCACAGGUUUUAUUUUUGUCCAGUUCACAAAACUAGCCAGCUUCAUUAGUGUCAUCUAACUACCUUUAAAAUCCUUGUUGCAUAUGCUGCCCGAGCCCAUGUGCUGCUUGCGCCUGUGUGGCCGAGCACAUGUGGUGCAUGAGCACAUGUGUCACCCUCAUCUCCGCUCUUGAGAUGUGUACGUUUAUGCUUUCCUAUCUAAUUCUGGGAUGUGUGUAGGGGCUCUCUCUGCCCUUGGAGAAGCCUGCAUUCUAUUUUGAGCGCGUUACUCUGUCUCUCUUACUCUCCAUUCUCUCCCACUUUUCUCUUCCUCCUUCACUCCAAAAACCCUCCAAAUAAAAUCUGUUUGCUUCAAAAAAAUAUCCUUGAUAACAUUUCCUCUGUGAAUAAACAUUACUCACUUACAAAGCUAAAGCUUCAAAAUAAGCAAAAUCCAUGCACCAAAUGAUAGAUUCUCCUGCUCUGUGUAACUGGGAAAUAGCUCAUCAAGCCAGCACAAAGGGUAGAUCCAGAUUGUUUCUGGAAUGUUUAAAUUUCAAAUACUAGAUAGCAAGUAUAACAAAAGGGAAAGAUUCCAAACUACUUUAUCUUUUUUUGUAUGUCACCCUUUGAAGUCUUAGCCUCGCAAAUAUAAAUUUGGUUUUUGAAGCUUAGAAUUCAACUGCGUACAAAAGCUCCUGAACUUUCUUCUAAGGACAUUUCCUAAAAGCAUAGUGUUUCUCCUUAGCAUUGGAGUUUAGCCAGGAAGGAACUCAAAAGAGUGAUCUAAUCAUUAAAGGACAUAAUGAUUUUCUAUGGGUAAACUGAAUGUAGGUGAAUUAUAGAGUGGUCAUUUUUUUCUUGAGAGCUGAAUAAUAAAAAAAUGGGCACUGCCUAGGGUAGUUGAGUUUCUUUGCCCAGCGCCAAGCUUGAUAUGUGCUGAGAGCAAAAAUCUUGUAUUUGGAGUAGUUAAAAAACGUUGUAUUGCUCUUUGGAGGCAGAAGUUACUCUAAUUUUAAAUAAGUUUAGAGAGGUGCCCUAAAAGGCUGUAUCUCGAAGCAACCAGUGUCAUCCUCCUGCCUCCCUGCCCCACCACUGCAGAAAGGGCCCCUGAGUGUUGCUGGGUAUGAUCUCAAGUUCUUUUUUUUAAAUUUAAAUAAUUUAAGAGAUUAUUGAGCUUAAGGCUGGAAUGAUAGUACAGCAGGUACUUUUCUUGCAUGUGGCUGACCCAGGUUUGAUUCUUGGUACCCUGUAUGGUCCCCCGAGCCCUGCCAGGAGUGAUCCCUGGGUGCAGAGCCAGGAGUAAGCCUGAACACCUCCAGGUGUGGCCUAAACCCCUCCUCCACCAAAAAAUUUUAUUCAACUCAGUGCCCUCCAAGAUUCUAUCUGAUCGCAUGAACACAUAUAGCAUACUUCCAUGUAUUUUGGGAUAUUUAGGAUAUAUUUCCUAUCCUCCUUUGAGCAAUAUUUUAUUCUAAGAUGACUUUUUUCUGUACAAGGGACUUGACUCCCUGAGAGUACAUGCCUUGCCUGUGUGAGGCCCUCAACUUGAUCCCUGAUACUGCACAUGGUAGGGGGUGGGAAUCUUAAUUUUGUCUUGUAUAAUUAUUUCCUGCUUGCUCAGUCUUUAGUCCUUGACACAGGAAGUAUGUAGCUAAAGGGAUGACUAUAAAUUGUAGGAUAGGGCAGCAAACUAGGGCAGAAUCUGGAAAAAUGUUAAGAGUUUGCUUGUGAUCGAUCCUGAUAGUACUAAAUUUAAAGCAGAAAUAUGUCUCUGCCUGUUGGUUGUGCAGAAAAUAAUAGUUAAUUUUUAUGUUUGUUCUUUUAUAGUUGCUUUUAAUUUUAGGAUUUAAAACAAGUCUUCUUUUUCCUUAGCCGAGGAUUGAACCUGGGUUGGCCGUGUGCAAGGCAGGUGCCUUUCCUGCUCUACUGUUGCUUCGGCCCCGCUCUGUUUUAUAUAUAUAUAUUAUUUAUUUAUUUAUUUGUUCUUUUUGGCUCACAUCCGGCAAUGCGCAGGAGUUACUCCUGGCUUUGCAAUCAGGAAUUAUUCCUGAUGGUGCUUGGGGGACCACAGGGGAUGCUGGGAAUCAAACCCGGGUCAGCCUCGUGCAAGGCAAACACCAUACCCACUGUGCUAUCGCUCCAGCCCUCUGUUUUAUACUUUAAAAUCUCAAAAGCUAGGGUUUAAGAUCCAGUGAUUAGUGGUACAGAAACUGGACCCAGUUUUUCUUUUUUUUAAUGCAUUCAAUAGGCAUAUUUUUAAAAUAGUUAUUAAAUGACUAAAAUUAUGCUCUCGCUAUAAUUUUAAGAAACAUGAUCCUAAGAAAAUCAACUUUGUAUAAAAAAUAUCCUUCUGUUCCAGUGACUACUUGAUCUGCAAAAUGGAGCUGUAACCUUAGCCAUAUAAGGCUUGCAUAAUGAUUAUCGAAAUUUUUUUUUUUCUUUUUGGGUCACACCCGGCAAUGCACAGGGGUUACUCCUGGCUCAUGCACUCAGGAAUUACUCCUGGCGGUGCUUGGGGGACCAUAUGGGAUGCUGGGAAUCGAACCCAGCUUGGCUACAUGCAAGGCAAACAUCCUACCUGCUGUGCUAUCGCUCUAGUCCCCCAAAAUUCUUAAAACUGGAAAUCCUAUGUGCACCUUAAUCAGUGUAUCUGAAAAAUACUAAGCAGAUGUUUUUGUCUUAGAACAGCAUAGAUUUUUCCCUUUCUAGAAUCCUAGAGUUAUUUUCUUGAAAAAGUAGGCAUUGUUCAGUAUUUGUCCUUAUUAGCAUAAUGUCAGAACUCAGCAUCUGAUAAAUGCAGUCUGCCUUAUAAGAAACCAAAAUUUUCUGGUUUAUUUGGGUUAUUAUUUCUUGUUCUGAAUUUCUGACAUAUAUAAAGUGGAUAUAAGCAGUCCCUACCUCACAGGGGUGUUGUGAGGAUUUGUAUUAAAGUUAUAUUAAAUUCUUCAUAUUACUGAUAAAAAUCAAUUAUAUAAAGAAAACUGUAUUAUUCUUUAGCUAAAUCUAUUUGCAUCCAAUAUUUAAAUUUUAGUUUGUCUUGAAACAAUCAUAUAUUUAUGUGAUACUCAGUAAUUAAUUAACAAAACUUUUUUUUAAUCAUGUAGAAAUAGUAUUGCUAGAAUUUCUUUUUUACUAUAUUUUAAUCAUAUUGUUUAUCUUGCCUUCACCAAGGAGGGUAUUAGUUUUUUGGCAUUAACGGGAAUAAAACCUUGCCAAUUUUAGUAUUAUUAAAACUUCCCCAAAACAUAUUGUUUGCACAUAUGAAAAAGGACAAAAGCAAUCAAAGAAGUAUUAUUUUCCUUUAUUUGAUAUAGAUCGUAUCAAAGUAUAGGGCAAUAACUAGGCUGGACAUAAUAUGUAAUUAUGUUCUUUCAUAAUCUUAAUGUUAAAAAGGCUUCACUUAAAACUGAAAGAAAUAAUCAUGGGAAAAGAUAGUCUGGAAAAUAUUCUAUUAAUGUUUAUUUCCAUAGAUAAUUCUUGAUGAUGUAACUCAGAUCCUUAGUGUCAAUUUUUUUUAUAUUAAUGGAAAUAUAAAUAGACCAUGUGAAGAGGUUUUAUUGAGUACUUUGUAGAUAUCUUUAUUUCAAAUUAAAUGUAGCUCUAUGGUAUUUUCAUUAUAAUUAAUUCUUUAAAUCCUGA